AUGAACUACUAUGUGGCGCAAGGAAGAGCAAUCAGACAUAUUGUUACUCUAUUUGAUACCAUUGAAGACCUUAUCACCGAAAAUGACAGAAGGUAUGAAAUUGACGAUAAUGCAGAAUCAAGCCUCGAUCAAGACCAGCACCAAGUAGGGUAUGUUGCCCUCAUGACUGCUUUGCCAUGGCUUCCUUUGAAGACUACGGAGAUGGACUAUGACAAAUACUCACAGAUGUUGAAACUGCUCAAAGCUCUUGUCGCCGAAUGGGUUAACCAUGAACUCAAGCCCAAUCCUCUGGUUGACACUGACAAUAAACAUUCUCAUGGGUUCACCAAUGAUGCAUGCGGAAGGCUAAUUUGCCCAGCCAAGCUUGAUUGGAACAAUCCCGCCAUAAGGACAGGAAUUCGAGAUCACUCAGAUGGCUAUAUCGUGACUGAUCUCUCCUUUCUGGCUUUCCUGUAUGAUAAGUACACCGCCAAUCAAAAUGACCUAGAGGAUGGUCUUUUCAAAAGCAAACUUCUGCUUCAGGUGUACAAAGCUGUGUUCACAUCACCUUCCUCAGCAAAGGAUGUUGAAGGGGAUAAUGAUGGCAUAGAUGUCAUCCGGAACAACAGACAUGCUAGUAAGUCUGCCUUCGGAAUCAAAGUCAAGAAACAUGUUGCACAGAUCAUCAAGAUGAAAAAAGUCACUCCUCGUUCAAUCACAUACAUUGCCUGCCAAGUUCGAUUUGCACUUUCAUCUACCAUCGUGGACUUCUUCGAAAAGCCUCCUGGUCGAAUAGCAAAACACAGGGUUGAUGUACUCAUGGAAUGGUGGACUAGAAAGGUCUUUGGAUGGAACAACUGCAAUGACCUCACCAACAUGGCAAAAGCCAACAUGUCUGUCAAUGCUCUUGCAAGGCAGAGGGCACAAAGAGAUGAUGCUGCUUUUGAUUCGUCUUAG